CAUAAAAUUUGAUUGAAGCACUUAAUUGUGAAGACAGUCAGCCAUAAGUUCCAUCAAAAUACAUAGACAGCCUAAUAAAAUGAUGGAAAGAACACUGUAAGUAAAUGCUGAAAUGUGAAUGCGGUUUGUGAAAAUAAAAAUGUUUAUUGUGACGACGACUGAAUAAUCGGAAAAGGUAAACAAGAAUUUUAAAAAGUUAAAAAUUCAUAAAUAUUGAAUUAUCACUAAAAGUAUAAGGAAUACAGGCAUUAAAAUUUAAUUAAACAAUAAAAAAACAUUCAGUAUGAAGCUAAACAAUGCAGUAAUUCAUAGCUUUAAAGUUGCUAAAGUGUUUCGUGAAAAUCAAGAAAAAUCAAAUUCCAUAGACUUUUCAACUAGUGGCGAGAAGCUUAUUUCGUGCUCUGAAGAUGAUCAAAUAGUUCUAUAUGACUGUGAGAAAGGCACACAAACGAGAACAGUCAAUUCAAAAAAGUAUGGAGUUGAUCACAUUAGAUUCACACAUUCAUCUAUGACCGCAAUUCACAGUUCCACAAAAGUCGAUGACACAAUACGAUACCUAAGUCUGCAUGAUAACAAGUAUUUAAGGUAUUUUCCGGGACAUACGAAGAAAGUGACAUCACUUAACAUAUCUCCAAUUGACGAUACAUUCAUCUCUGGAUCUUUAGACAAAACAUUACGAUUGUGGGAUUUAAGAUCGCCCAAUUGUCAAGGUGUUAUGCAUUUACAAGGCAAGCCAAUUGCUGCUUUUGAUCCUGAAGGCUUAAUUUUUGCUGCUGGAGUCAAUUCAGAAUCGAUCAAAUUGUAUGACUUAAGAUCCUUUGACAAAGGACCUUUUGUGACUUUUAUGUUAAAUCAAGAGAAGGAAUGUGAAUGGACAGGCUUGAAAUUCUCAAAAGAUGGAAAGACAAUUUUGAUCAGCACAAAUGGUUCAAUUAUUCGACUUAUUGAUGCUUUUCAUGGAACUCCACUACAAACGUUUACAGGAAUUUCAGGAUAUUCGAACAAUAAAGGAAUUCCAAUUGAAGCAUCUUUCAGUCCAGAUUCACAAUAUAUCUUUUCGGGAAGUACUGACGGACGUGUUCAUGUAUGGAAUGCAGACAGUGGAUUUAAAGUAUGUGUACUAAAUGGUGAUCAUCAAAAUCCAGUUCAAUGUGUUCAAUUUAAUCCAAAAUACAUGAUGAUGGUGUCAGCCUGUACAAAUCUUGCUUUCUGGCUACCUUCAAUUGAAGAAGAAUGAACUUCUUGUUCUCUUAUAUUUUUAAUCUUUUCUUUUAUUAAAUAUGUUAAUUUUCUCAAAAAUAAAAUAUCAUUAAUUACAAUUUAUAAAUUUGUAAGUACAUCUAAAACUAACAUGAGACACUCGAUACACGAAUACUGAUUGAAUGUUAUUUUUAAAUUGUGCACAUUACAUUAUUGGAUGUGGUUCUUUUCCAUCAUAUUGACUAGAAUAAAUGAAAAUAAAUUUAUUAGUUUUUG